AUGUCUGAAAUUACUUUAGGUCGCUACUUAUUCGAAAGAUUAAAGCAAGUCAAUGUUAACACCAUUUUUGGUUUACCAGGUGAUUUCAACUUGGCUUUGUUAGAUAAGAUCUACGAAGUUCCAGGUAUGAGAUGGGCUGGUAAUGCCAACGAAUUGAACGCUUCUUAUGCUGCUGACGGUUAUGCUCGUGUUAAGGGUAUGGCUUGUUUGAUUACUACUUUUGGUGUCGGUGAAUUGUCCGCCUUGAACGGUAUUGCUGGUUCUUAUGCUGAACAUGUCGGUGUCUUACACGUCGUCGGUGUCCCAUCUACCUCUUCCCAAGCUAAGCAACUAUUGUUGCAUCAUACUUUAGGUAAUGGUGACUUCACUGUCUUCCACAGAAUGUCUUCUAACAUUUCUGAAACUACCGCUAUGGUUACUGAUUUGGCUAAUGCCACAUCUGAAAUUGAUAGAUGUAUUAGAACUACAUAUGUUACUCAAAGAACCGUCUAUUUGGGUCUACCAGCUAACAUGUUCGACUUGAAAGUCAAGGCUUCUCUAUUGGAUACCCCAAUUGACUUAUCUUUGAAACCUAAUGAUGCUGCUGCUGAAAAUGAAGUCGUUGAAACCAUUUUGUCUUUGGUUAAGGACGCUAAGAACCCAAUUAUCUUGGCCGAUGCUUGUUGUUCCAGACACGAUGUCAAGGCUGAAACUAAGAAGUUGAUUGAUAUUACUCAAUUCCCAUCCUUUGUUACACCAAUGGGUAAAGGCUCCAUUGAUGAACAAAACCCAAGAUAUGGUGGUGUCUACGUGGGUACUUUGUCCAACCCAGAUGUCAAACAAGCCGUUGAAUCUGCUGAUUUGAUCUUAUCUGUCGGUGCAUUGUUAUCCGAUUUCAACACUGGUUCUUUCUCUUACUCUUACAAGACAAAGAACGUUGUCGAAUUUCACUCUGAUCACAUCAAGAUUAAGUCUGCUACUUUCCCAGGUGUUCAAAUGAAGUUUGUCCUACAAAAAUUAUUGAAGGUUAUCCCAUCCGUUGCUAAGGGUUACAAGCCAGUCGCCGUCCCAGGUAGACCAGCUCCAAACAAACCUUCACCAGCUAAUACUCCAAUGAAGCAAGAAUGGAUGUGGAACGAAUUGGCUAAAUUCUUCCAAGAAGGUGAUGUUAUCAUUACUGAAACAGGUACUUCUGCCUUUGGUAUCAAUCAAACUCCAUUCCCAAAGAAUGCAUACGGUAUUUCUCAAGUCUUAUGGGGUUCCAUCGGUUUUGCUACCGGUUGUACUCUUGGUGCUGCUUUUGCUGCUGAAGAAAUUGAUCCAAAGAAGAGAGUUAUCUUAUUCACUGGUGAAGGUUCUUUGCAAUUGACUGUCCAAGAAAUUUCCACAAUGGUUAGAUGGAACUUGAAGCCUUACUUGUUUGUCUUGAACAAUGCUGGGUACACUAUUGAAAGAUUGAUUCAUGGUGAGAAGGCCGGUUACAAUGAUAUUCAACCAUGGAACCAUUUGAAUUUGUUGGAAACUUUCGGUGCUAAGGAUUAUGAAAAUCACAGAGUUUCCACUACUGGUGAAUGGGAAAAAUUGACUACUAACAAGGAUUUUAACCAAAACUCUAGAAUUAGAUUGAUUGAAAUUAUGUUGGAAGUUAUGGAUGCUCCAUCAAACUUGGUCGCUCAAGCUCAAUUAACUGCUUCCAUUAAUGCUAAGAACUAA